AUGUUUAUAUGUCGAAUUAAUUUAUCUAAAAAAAUUAAAGAAAAAAUACCUUAUGGUGUUAAGCAGAGUCAAAACUAUAAAGAUGCAAAAAAACAAGAAAGAAUAUCACUAGAAGGGGCAAGGAAAUUAAAAGAAAGUAGAGGAAUGAUAUUAGAAGGAAAGAAAAGUUUAUUUAUGUGUUUACGUCAAAAUACUGAUAUUAACUGGUAUAGAGCUGGUCAAAUUUUAAAGCAUUUAGAAAUUCAUCAAAGAGCAAAACCUGAAAUAACUCCUAAACUUAGAGAGAAAAUUACAAAUAUAGCAAAUUUCGUAAAAAAAGGAAGAUAA